AUGCAUAGAGAUAUUAACCCUUUGAAUAUUAUGAAAGCUGAAACUGUAAAGUUGAUUGAUUUUGGAUUGGCACGAAAGAUAAGGAAUUAGUUAAUAUUUCCAACUUCAGGAACUCCAGGAUAUAUGGCUCCUGAAAUUAUAAAUUUCAAUAAAGACAAACUAUAUGACGAGAAGGCAGAUAUAUUUAGUCUUGGUUGUGUUUUGUAUAAAUUGUAUGUAUUACCAAUUAAAUAAAGGUUGACAGGAGAGAACCUAUUUACUACUAAACAGGGUAAAUAGACUAUAUAUUAAUCUAAUAAAGAAGGAGUUUUUGAAUUGAAAAAAUAAUAGUAACAUCCUGAAUGUAAUUCAAAUAAAAUGGAUUAAUUAUUUGUAUAAAAUAUGAAUAUAAAUAGAUUUUACUACCUCAUAUGUUGGAAACUAAUCCAUUGUUGAGAUUAAAUGCAAAAGUUUGUCUGACAAUUCUUGAAGAGAUUGAAAACAACAAUCUUUAAAUUGAAAGAUUAAUUAAAAAAAUCUUGAUUAGAAAAUAAUUAGCCUUUAAUACAUCAGAAGAAUAAUAGUUAGAUAAAAAGAGUGAAGAGAAAUUGUAAAAAUGUAAGUUUAGACAAUCAAUCGAUGUCUAAUCAAAAAAGAGCUUGGAUGAAAUUUCUGUGUUUUCUAAAAAUGUCAUGUUACAAAAUUAAUAAAGGGUUAUACUUGCUUAGAAGAAAUAGCCUUGA